AAGAUGUUCCUAGAUGUCGGGCCGUGGUGCAUAGGGGUGAUUACAAUCCCAAUGGAAUCGUUCUAUAAAGAGCUGAACGCCGAAGAACGAGUAAAAGCUGAAAUUGGAGAGUACGAUUUCGACCAUCCAUCCGCCUUUGAUUUUGACAAGUUGGCUGAAACCAUUUCUGAACUGGAACGGGGUAAAGGUGUCACUUUACCAAAGUACGAUUUCUUAAAGAGCACAAGGAAAGGAACGUUACACUUAGAACCUGCCGAUGUGAUUAUUGUAGAAGGGAUUCUCAUAUUCUAUGAUGCACGUCUCAGGAACAAGUUUGCCAUGAAGCUGUUCGUCGAUGCGGACGCCGACAUCAGGCUGGCUAGACUGCACCGUGACACAUUAGAAAGAAAAGCUAAUCAUGGUAUUUUCUUUGAGGUUAAACCUGCUUUCGAAGAGUUCUGUUUUCCAACGAAAAAGUGGGCUGAUGUCAUUAUACCAAGAGGAGGAGAAAAUGACGUGGCUAUUGAUCUGCUUGAUCUCCUAAAAACGCCCCGUGGCAGUCCUGAACGUAAAAAAUCUAUCGAUGAAAUUGUCGAUGGGAAGUUCAAGAUUUAUGGACUCCACUAG